AGAGCCUGCAGUACGCCGAGAAGUUCCCCGUGGAGGACUCGGACGUGUUCGCUGUGACUUACCCCAAGUCAGCAGCACGAUGUCCUCUGAAGACUUGUACCUGCGGCAUCACGGCCUCUUGCUGCCCAGAGAGACGCACUGCGCGCAGAGCCUGAGGUUCGCGCAGGAGUUCAAGUUCAGAGACGAUGACGUCACGGUGGCAGUUUACCCAAAGUCAGGCACCACCUGGAUGCAGGAGAUCCUCCCGCUGGUGCUGAACGGGGCCGACCUCACGCCCAUCCAGACCGUCCCCAACUGGGACCGCGUGCCCUGGCUGGAGGAGAAGAGGUUGGCGCUGGUUGUGGAUCAGUUGAAGUCUCCGCGGGGGAUGGUCACACACCUCCCUUACCACCUCAUGCCGCCCUCCUUCCACGCCUCCAAAGCCAAGGUGAUCUACGUCAUGAGGGACCCGAAGGACGUGGCGGUGUCUUCGUACCACUUCCACAAGAUGGCCCAGUUCCUCGAGACGCCGGCAACCCUCGAUGAAUUCAUUGGGAGGUUCCUCCAGGGCAAAGUGAUGUUCGGGAAGUGGACCGACCACGUGAAGAGCUGGAGGGGCUCGGGGCUGGGAGGCAGAAUCCUCUUCAUCACGUAUGAAGAAAUGGUUCAGGACCUCGCCGCCGCCGUCGGGCGCCUCUCAGCUUUCCUGGGCCGUGACCUGAGCGAAGAGGCCACUCAGAGGAUCGUGGAGCACUGCUCCUUCAAUGCCAUGAAGAACAACUGCAUGUCCAACUUCAGCCUGGUGCCCAAGGUCUACAUGGACCCCGACACGUCUCCUUUCCUCAGGAAAGGUAUCGUGGGAGACUGGAAGAACCACUUCAGCCCAGAGCAGCUGGCCACCUUCUCAUCGGUCAUUCGCAAAGAGAUGGAGGGCGAGAGCUUGGAGUGACCCCCGGCUGGAGCAGAACCGGCGCCGACUGCCCCGAGACGCUUCGCUGCAUUGUGUUGAAUGACUUGUGACUAACGUGGUUAGAGCGAGAGGAUCUCGACUGACUCCACCGCUGCUGCAGAGCCGCAAACAAUGAACACAGAACAAUGGUUUCACCUCCUCGUGAAGAACCGCUGAGGUGGGAUUCCUCACGCCGAGUCGCUGGGGAAUCCGGUUUCCUGAGGCUGAGCCCUUUGUUCUGCUGUCUCAUCGAGGCGAGCUCCUUCUGAAAGGUCUGAGCGGCUGAAGCCUGGUCCCUGGUCCCUGGACCCUGGACCCUGGUCCCUGGUCUCUGGACUCUGGUCCCUGGACCCUGGUCCCUGGUCUCUGGUCCCUGGUCUCUGGACCCUGGUCCCUGCUCCCUGGUCUCUGGUCCCUGGUCUCUGGUCCCUGGUCUCUGGUCCCUGGUCUCUGGUCCCUGGUCCCUGGUCCCUGGUCCCUGGUCUCUGGUCCCUGGUCCCUGUUCCCU